AUGAAUAAAACCAAUAAAGUCAAUUUUCGAAGCUUCGAAAUCAACCUUGCCUUCGAUUCAGGUCCGGAAGAGAGGAAUGACAAUAGGAACGCCACGUACGCCUGUGUGUCCCUGUGCCCGGGAGAGAGCCUGCCCCCCAGUGCCCAGUGCCACCACCCCCACCUGGUAGCGGUGCCGGGCCAGUGCUGCAGAGAGUGGAUGUGCGACACUGUCCCAGGAAAGUCCGUGGGCCCGCCGUCCUGCAGACGCGUCUCCGGCCGCUGGUCCCCCUGUUCCCACACGUGCGGAGCCGGCGUGUCCGUGCGCUGGACGACUGACAACGCCAGCUGUCAGACUAUCAACGAGACUCGCCUCUGUCAGCUCCGGCCGUGUCAGCGUCGGCCGUGGCAUCAGCAAGGGCAGAUGGAGGAAGCUGGUGAGGGGGCGUUCGACGAGAGCGGUGGAGCGGGGUGGCCGGCGCAGCAGUCGAGGAAGCAUCACAUAAGGCGCGGCCACGAGUGCAAGGCCACGCAGCGCCACGUGGUCCCCGUCCGCCUCCGCUCCGGCUGGUGCGUCAGCGAGCGCCGCUACCGCCCCAAGAUGUGCGGCGAGUGCGUGGGGCGCUGCUGCACCGUCCACGCCGCCACCACGAUCAACGUGCCCUUCCUGUGCCCGCUCAAGGUCUCCAAGGGGAUCAGGGGCGCGAAGGGCACGGCGGGAGGGGGUCGUCGCUACCCCCGCUCGCUCCAGGUCGUCCUCCAGACCGUCUUCGUCCGCAACGGCACUCGAUCUCCGUCUCCUUCGUCGUCCUCCCCGUCGGCGCCUUCGUCGUCCGCUUCCCUUCCUUCUUCUACUUCGUUCCCUGCUUCCCGCCGCCGCCGCAGCGUGUGGAGCCCCUUCUUCCCCACCAGCGCCGCCUCCAGCGUCUACGACAUGAUGGACGAGGGCCAGCCGAGGACCCACGACCGCUACCGCUACUCGCACCACCAGUACAACCACCACAAGUACGACCCCGCCGCCGGCUUCUACUACUACCAGCGCGACUUGAACGACAACAGCAACGGCGACGACUUCCACCCCGACGCCGGCAGGAACUUCCGGUACGACACGGAGGGCGGCCAUUACGAGCACGACCCGACCAUCAGCCUGGAGGAGCUGCAGGAGGAAGAGGAGGAGAACUACCUGCCGUCCACGACCACCUCCGCGACGUGGCAGCAGCAGGACUACGACGGUUACAACAACAAUGACAAUUUCAACAACUACGACCACCGACAAAUGGCAAAGGAGAACGACCCCCCUCUUCCCCGCCACGACUACGACCAACAGCAGCCUCCGACGACCACGGCCGACGUCCUGUACGACCUCCCUCUCCCCCACGAAGACCUCACCGUGGCGGACGACAUCCAGUACGACUGGGUGACGAGCGGCGAGUAUGAGGUCGUGACCCGCCCAGUCGAGUGGAUCAUCAGGUGUGCCUGCACCUUCUCCUCGCCUCCCUCUUCCUCCUCUUCCUCCUCUUCCUCCUCUUCCUCUUCCCUCCUCCCUUCCCCGUGCGAUGCCUGGAAGCCCAUCCCGGUCGCAGGCACAUGAGAAGCGGCAGAGAGGGAUUAGACUCCGAAGAAGAAAGAUUUGCCCGCCAUUAGGCAGUCUGGAGGCCAGCCGUCGGGACGAGUGUGUUCCGAUCGCCUGUAUCUAUUAGGGUUUUAGAAUCUGUCUGGCAGAGAACCGGUGUCAAGAAAGAGAGAAAAAAACCGUAUAUAUACAUAUCUAGAAAGAUUUUCUGGAAUACAUGUCUUGAAAAAAGAAUAUUAGAAGUGUUUAUCAUUUUCGGAAUGUAUUUAUCUCGUCUUCUGUGUUCAUAGAUAACCCUUGUGCGAAUGUGUAGCUAAAUGGUCGUUGGAAAUGUUCUCUGGGACACAACCCGUAAUUAAGACAACGAUGGAACAUAUCAGAAAAUCCACAAAUAUAUAUAUAUUUUUCUCCCCGUGUUCGACAGGGUUACAUCUGUUGGGCUUAGGCUUAAGUUCAUUAAGUUUAUUCACAUCUCUUUACCAUUAUCCCGAUCUAUUUGUAAAUCAGAUCAUUUGCGAAUAUUCAUCCAGAUUUGAAUUCAAGCAGAGAAAUCGAAUGGAAAUGCCAUGUUGCCAAACUUUCACAACGGAAAUCUCUCAGUGUCAAUUAUUAAUAAGAUAAAUACAGAAAACUGUACAUACGAUGAUAUACAUUUCACGAAAGCAAUAGAUGUCAUAAAUGUUCUAUACAGUAAUAGAUAAAUAAGAGAAAUCUUCCGUGCAGUAAUGAGGAUAGAAAACGUUACAUACAUCGAGGACGGGAACAAUAAACAGUCUUUUAAAACGCGUAAAAGAUCGGGUGAGUGGAGAAUCUGAUCUUGUCUUCGUUACAGUUAAAACUCUAGAGAUUAUAACAAAAUGUAUUAUAUAAUGGAUUGUUAUCUGACGCAAUAAGGAGAAUUCCCUUGUAUUUCAUAAAAUAUACAAAUGUGGAUUAUAAAUGUAUAAGUUAACCAUACAUAUACAUGAUUGU